UCACCAUUACAAAAAUAAACAAUUCUAAAAUGAAGUAUUUUGCAUUAACGUAGCCUAUACAUAAUUUAAACUUCUUGGUCUAGCACGACAUUCCUGCUCAUUUUACCUUCAAACUGCCUCUCAAACUGUCCCCACUAAACGGCGAUUAGUAAACACUCAGAAUAACACCAUAAAGUUUGCUGGGUUUCUCUUACCAUUGGGUGGAGUCACACGUGGUUGAGGUGUGCAUGUUUACCUGCUCUUGCAUCUGUGCGUGACCACACACACUAGUAGGCUAUUCUUGACAAUAUGAACUGAUGAGCAGAAGCGAGACAACCGGAUCUUACACUGUAGGCUAUGUGGCUUUUGUGUAGCCUAUAAUAUAUCUUGUCGGUUAAAAUAGUUGAACUAAACUAGUCAAUUAUGCGCAAAUCCAUUUUGAAUGCUGUUAAAAAUACCGCUGAGCUCAGGUAAUGGCACUGUCACAGGUUCAGUGCCUUGAUGACAAUCACAUCCACUUGCGCACCAACGAGUCCAAGCCGGAGUUCUUCUACAGCGAGCAGCAGAGACUCGCGCUGGAAACACUCAUACAUGACGGACAGGACGCCUAUGAGGACUACAUCCAAACAAACAACAUCCGCUGCUUUCUAUCAGACCUGGAACUUGAGAGCAUUCUCAACACUCUGGAGGUGUAUUGCCCGGGUUCCCCUGAUUUUGACGCUGAACUGCUCGGCGACAGUGAUGGGGAAGAUGUUUCCCUUCAGUACUGGCCUGACCGCUCGGACCUCUCGAUCCCUCUGCUGGACAUCGGGUGGCCGGACCGGGCGUCCUACCGCGGAAUAACUCGUGUUCAAGUGUACACUCAGCCUCCUUAUGAGGGUCAGUCACAUAUUAAAGAGGUCGUUAGAAAAAUGAUCUCCCAAGCACAAAAGGUUAUUGCAAUUGUCAUGGACUUGUUCACGGAUAUUGACAUUUUCAAAGAUCUCCUGGAUGCAAGCUACAAGCGGAAGGUUUCUGUGUACAUUAUGUUGGAGACCACCGGAGUGAAGCACUUCCUGAGAAUGUGUGAGAAAGCAGGCAUGCACACCGGACACCUAAAGAACAUGAGAGUGCGCAGCAUCAGAGGGGCAGAAUUUUUCAGUCGAUCCUCAAAGAGAGUGUGUGGAAGCCAAAGCCAGAAGUUCAUGUUUAUUGACGGAUACAAAGCAGUCUCAGGGUCAUAUAGUUUCACGUGGUCUGCCUCAAGACUGGACAGAAAUCUCAUUACGGUUCUCACUGGCCAAGCAGUCGACACAUUUGACUCAUUGUUUCAGGACAUGUAUGUGAUGUCUAAUGGAGUGUGCCUGAGCAAGAUUAAUCUAAGCAGUGAGCCUGAACCUGAUUUCCUCCCUCAAGCAGUACCCACUUUACUUCCCUCAGCCACCACAGCACUCAAGCUUAUUAACCCAAAAUACACUCUUGUCUCCAACUGCGCUUUCACUACCAACGGACCUGUAUCUGACCAGACAGGUGCAAAGAACAACACUUCCAUGAAUCAGACAGAAGUCAUCAAACAAAUUAAAGACACACCAGUGGUGCCACCGGUUCACCCGGGAUUGCUCAACUUGGAAAAGGCAAACAUGAUCAAUUAUCUGCCAACCUGGCCCAAUCCCGACCCGCCGAGUGAUGUCAUUGGUUUUAUAAACAUAAGAGACUCCAGCAAGCCACUGCAAGCUCACCUAAUGCGUUCAGAACUCUUUGAAGUAUCUCAAGCCAUUCGAUUCAAGGAUCCUCUUCAUGAGCCAAAGGAGUCUUUACCUCUGAGGGAUUGUCCUGGACCCAUAUCCCAAACUCCAUCUGAUCCUGAAGCUCCAGCUCAGAAGCAAACAUCAGGUGAAGCGCAGAAGUAUUUUGAUCAAAAUCAACAUCAAAGAAGCAGCCAGAGUGAGAAUCUUAUCUCACCUUUGGAGAAGCCAGAAACAGUGCAUGUGCUUGCCUGUAAUAAAAUAAAUAAAGAGGAACUAUGUGUAAUGGAAAAAGAGCUGGACUCUAUAACUUUGCAGAGAAAAAACAUAAAUAUGGAAAAAGACUUUCUCAAUACAAUUUUAUCUUUCUCUCAAGAUGAUACAGAUACAAAGCAAGCUCUGGAUACUCUAGAACCUCUAAAAUAUCCUGCCCAAACAUCAGAGGAUCUUGAAUUGAAAUCAUCAUCAGCGUUGUCCAACAAAAAUCAUCAUGAAUCAUUUGCAAUCUCAGAAACUCCUUCUGUUAAGCAAAGCCAAGAUGACCAAGUCAUAAAUGAUGUUGCCACCCAUGACAAUAGAGAUACAAAACCAGACACAAACCAAAAUGGCUGGAAUGGUACACAGGCGUCUAACUGUGACUCCAGCAUCUCUUCAUUGUCUGAUGAAUUCUAUGAGUGUUUUAGCCCUGUGGCUGACUUUAGGUCUGUAGGAGAUGUCUUUGUGCCUGAAAAUACACCAGAAUCUUUGCAUAAUUCAAUCAAAAACAGUCCACAAGAGCAGGAAGUUCCUUGUUCAAAUUCAUCCCCAGCUCAAGAGAGUACAGAUUUGGAUAAUAAACAGACCUUGUUUAUUCCAAAACUUUUAAAAACAUCUUGCAGUAUUGUUUUCAAUUUCUUAUUUGCAGACUUCAAAACAACAGCUGCAACUUCGAAAACCACCUUUGCUCAAAAAAGAGACAAAGGUACCAAAAUAAAUGAUAGUAAACCACCAGUCAAAGACAGUGAACCCUGCUAUUUCUCACAGACUCCUAAUGGUUGCUUCAACUUCUCUUUAACUCCAGAGGAAUACUUUGAGUGCAGUGAUACAGUGGGUUUGACGUCAGAAAUUGAUGGUAUAGAUCAUGAAGUGAAACCAAGAUCAGUGGAGACAUUAAGCCUGAAUGAACGACUACAAGUACUGAAGCCUGUCCUGGAAAAUGAGAAAAUAUCUGAGCUAAACGGUCAGAACACAAAAGAAAACGAUAACCCUAAAAUGCAUUUUGGACAGGAGCAGCUCAAAUUUCAACACAUGCUAGAGAUGACAGCUGACAGUCACCAGGCAGUUUUAAAAUCUGAAGAGCAUGAGAUAAGUGCAUCUCUGAAGGUUUUAAAGAUACAGUCCAAGGAAGAUUCUGUAGAAUUAGCUGAGAAAGUUGAAAAAGCACCAAUGCAAGACUUACAACUUAAGGUAGAGUCUCAAAUAAGUCAAGAUGUAAAGUUUGAGGGACAAUUUGUAAAGUUAGCUGAGAAACCUGCCAAACCACCACUGCAGGACUUACAGCCUGAGGCAAGUCUAGAUUCAAUAUGUAAGGGACAAUCUAUCCAGUUAGCUGAGACUACUACAAAGAGACUUCGACUGUCACUACAGGACUCACAGUCUGGGGAAAGUCCAGAUCUAACGGUCAGAGCUUCAGAAGUAAAUGCUAUCCCACAGUCGGCAACAGACAGUGAAUUUAGGAGCUCAGUACUGCAAGAUAAAACUGAUGUAAUUCCAGAGAAGACCAAGGUAACAAAGUCCAUAGAGUUGCCUAAGAGUGAGGAACUGCAAAACCCAUUGACUGAAUUAGAUUCUGGAUCAGAUCAUCCACUCAGCCUGAAAUCUGAAGAGCAUGUGAAUGAGCAUUUAAAACUGCAGAGCGAUGAGGUCAGUCCAGCAGUGCUAAAGAGAAAAUCUGUGACGCACAAUCCUCAAGAGAAACUGCCUGAACAGUUUGAAACCAUUGAGCUGCUGAUAUUAGAGGAUUCUGACUUCCAAGAGACAGAGUUGAACAAUUCUGAUCCCGUAAGACCAAGAGCUGCACUGAGCAAAGAAACAAAGAUGAGCAAAACUAAGCCUAUAGAACUAAAGACUAUAAAUGAUAGAAAAUCUAAAGCGAAUAAGCUGGGUCAUGAUGUUUGCAGUAGGCAUAGAAAGGCAACAUGUCACGUGACAGCUCUGACUGAUGAGAAACAAGAAGAGGAACAUAUUUGUACAAAUCAGAUAAACAAGAACCCACCAGAGGCAAAACCUAAGCUCGAGCGUCUGGUUAGGAAGCAACCACAUCAAGCAUCAUCAAGAAUUCCUAUUCAAGCUAGAGGACGGCUCACUAAGUUACCCAUAAGCAAAGCAGACACUAGCAAUCGCUCACUUGGGCUUCGAGCUCCUAAAGCUGGAAUGCAUAGACACCCACUUGGAAAACCACUGGGGCAGAAUAAGCCAAGCAUUACAUCACCUCCAUUUCCUGCAAAAUUUUCCCCAGGAAAAGUUGCUCCAGUUAGGUCAACACAAAUUCUCCAGAAACCCCCUUGCACAGUGCCUGCACCAAAUGGUCCCACCUUUCCCUUAAAACUGCCACAGGUCCAGCUGACUGCACCUAAGAUCAGGCAGUCAGACCAGCCAAAAUUUUCCAGGAAACCUUCUGCGUCCCUAACAAAGUAUAGUUGCUCUUCUUCUGGGAUUUCCUGUCUGGCACAAGUAAAGAAGCAGGCGAUUAAAGGGUCUCCACCAAACAAAUUGAACGAGGCAUGAAUGUGAUGAAGUACAAACAAAUACAAAAAGCCACUGUGUUAUUUUAGUGUUUAAUAUUUUUAUUGGACUCUUAUUGAACUAUGUGAGUCGAUCUCACAUAAAACUAUGCUUUAUUUAAUCCAGUUAGCCAGCAGAAAGUUAACAUAGGAUUCCCAAUACAAAGAGGUUUUCCUAAACUUAAUGUUUUAUGUAAAUUACAGGCACAGUCUUUUCAAUAAAGCUUUAUGACUGUCCUUAAAGCUAUUAAUAUGUAAAUAAUUUAUUUUUCCAUUUAGCUUGAUGUAAAUGAUCAGUUAUAAGUCUCAUCACAGUUCACCAUUUGCAUAACACAUUAUUUCCUGAUUCUUUUAUGGGUUGACUUAUAGGCUAAACGAAAUACUAAAGAAAACACUGGACAUGGGUGCUGUCCACUCGUUUAGAUGAAGGUCUCAAAGACUCAAAGACUUUUUUUAGUUGAAGACUAGACUGUGUGCUUGUAAAAUUACAUUAACUGAAUUAUUAAAAUAGACCUUCCAGGACAUAGUUCACUUGAUUACAGCUGGAAUUUAUUCUCCUUUUUUAUUAUAUAAAGAUGUUUUACCAUUGUUGCUACUUAUCGGAACAACUUCAAACAGAAUUUAACCUAAUCACAUACCAAACCCUCACUCAUUCUGGCUACUUUUCAAGUGGCUUGGGACUGUGAGUGAUCUUGUGGUGUCUUCAGCUCAUCGUCUUUGUCAGGAUGUGAUUCCAGAAGUGAAAGACAGUUGUGUCCAGUACUGAUUGAUGGUUUGUAAAGAUGUCAGAAUUCCAGUCACAUACCUGUUUCUGGUGGUGUUCUGGGGCCAGCUGCAUAAACUUAGUCUCUGUGUUAAGAACUAGUGUGACUAGUGUGGGGUAAUGAGUUUUAUUUUUCAGGUUCAUAUUAGGACAAUUUAAGUUUUAUGCAACCAACUUGAAUGACCAGUCUUAAAGAAAAACAAUUCAAUGACAAACUUGUAAGACUAGUUGAAUUUCAGUCUUAAACUUAUUUUCUCACUAAUUUGCUUCUAUUGACAGCUCGUCUCUCUUUAGGCAGACUAUAGUGUUGCAGACUAUAGGCCACGAUGGACUUGUAACCCGAUGGUUGCGGGUUCGAGUCUCAGGUCCGGUAGGAAUUGUCGGUGGGGGGAGUGAAUAAUCAGCGCUCUCGUCCACCCUCAAUACCACGACUUGAUGAGUUGAAAACCCUUCAGCAAGGCACCGAACCCCCAACUGCUCCCCGGGAGCCACAGCAAUAUGGCUUCCCACUCCUCCGGGUGUGUGUUCACGGUGUGUGUUCACUACUGUGUGUGUGCACUUGGAUGG